AUGAACGGAUUACAUAUAAGGAGAAAAAGAGACAACGAUAUAAUAGGUUGGCUGACAGAGAGGCGGAAGGAGAGAAAAGCGAUGCUAACAGCGAUCGGCGAUCACAUGAAAAGGUGGCUAAACUGGGAAAUGUCGGCAAAGGAUCAGGAGGUUCUCAGAAAAUACUAUCUCAAAUUGAAGAACACAUUUCCUAAACCAGCCGACAGUGUUGUCAACAUUAAAACGCCUAAAAUGAAUUAUACAAAUCCCGAGUUUCGGGCCUUUUGUAAGGACCCCACCUUCACGGACGCCGACUCCAGUCUCGACGGCUCAGAGAUUUUGAUAUUUAAAGGAAACAAAUUUUUUGUUAUGGAAAAUCUAAGAUACGGCUCGGGUGUGUUAAUGGCCAGCGGCUCAACGGACAAACUGUUGCCAAACUUUGAUUCAAACGGCUUGACAUCAAUGGCGACCAUACAAGAGGGCCAAUUAAGGGGUUAUGUGUUUGCAUUUUAUAAAAGCCAAAUGAUGUCGGGCUGGAGUCCCAGCGGUUAUGUUCGCGUCAAACACACCAAUCAAUUCAAGAAAAGUCUGACUCCAAGUCUACCCAAGAAUGGCUUUGAAACAGUGUUUCACAAUCGAGACAUCAAAGAUCCGCUUCUCAUUGGCCUUAACGGCGAUAAAGUCUAUUAUUACAAAAUUGUCAAAAACUCGUUCAUUAAAGUGAAAGAGACGACAACAGACAAGAGUGAGGAAAACUUUCCGUCGGGCGUAACGACUGCUUUCUCACUGCCCAACCGUUUUGUGUAUAUGUUUCGUAACGACACGUUUUGUGUCCGAGAGUUAUACUAUGAAUCGGAUGACAAAAGUAUUAAUUGCGAUAUAUGGCUCGACACGAGAAUAUUCCUGGGCUGUUAUGGGGAAAACGAUCCGCCCUUUAGUCUCGCUAAUUAUAAUUCGUUGAGUACGAGCGCAGAGGCGGACGACUUGUGUCAUGACUUCUCCUCCAUAUCCAUCACAAAAGCCGUAAACCCAUUGCAUAUAUUGAUAUUUCGCGGCACAAAGUACUGGACGCUCACCGGCUUUCCCUACAAAUCAAUCGUUUUGAAUGUGAGCUCCGCUGAAGACAAAUGGGAAGGUUUUGAGUCGAGUCCCGACACAGCGAUGAUUGUGUCGGAAGGCUUUCAA